CCAAAAGUUAAAAAAAAAAAUGGAUUAAGUGUACACAUGUGGCAUACCACUUUGGUUAUUUCAUUUAUAAACGCCAAAUUGCUAUGAUCACCACCAUAUCCUCUUAUUCUUGAUUUUGAUUCAAAGACAUUGUUACACUUAAAUCAUGGUUCGCACGUUUGUAAGGCAAAAAUCCAUGUUGGUUCUAAUUCUCUGUGUGUUUCUAACAUUCUCGUGGCCCCAAGCUGCAGCUGAAGACAGCGAAGCAAAUGCUCUGUUGAAGUGGAAACACAGCCUUGACACCUCCAGCCAAGCUCUCUUGUCAACAUGGAGUGGUAAUAGUUCAUGCAAAUGGAAAGGAAUUCAGUGUGACAAAUCCAACUCAGUCUCCUCCAUAGAUCUUACAAAUUUUGGACUUAAAGGUACACUUCACACUCUCACCUUCUCCUUUUUCCCUAACCUCCUCACCCUAAAUAUCUACCAAAACUCCUUUUAUGGGACCAUUCCCCCACAAAUCGGUAACUUGUCCAAAGUAAAUGUUUUGAAUUUUUCUUUAAAUUCUUUCCAUGGUUCCAUCCCUCAAGAAAUGUGGACACUAGGGAGUUUACAUAGCCUUGAUCUUUCCUUGUGUCAACUAAGUGGAGAGAUUCCUAAUUCCAUAGCAAACUUGUCCAACCUGUCAUUUCUAGAUUUAGGUGGCAACACAUUUUCUAGCCACAUUCCUCCACAAAUUGGAAAGUUGCACAAGUUGGAGUAUCUAGGUAUUGCAGGUAGUAACCUCUCUGGUUCCAUUCCUCAGGAAAUUGGAAUGUUGACAAACCUUAGGCUUAUUGAUUUGUCAAGAAACUCUCUCUCUGGUACUAUCCCUGAAACAAUAGGUAACAUGAGCAAUUUAAACCAACUUUACCUUUCAAAUAACUCCCUUCUAUCAGGACCAAUCCCAUUCUCCUUAUGGAACAUGUCUAACUUGACCUUGCUCUACCUAGAUGCCAAUAAACUUUCUGGUUCAAUCCCUGAGUCCAUAGAAAAAUUGGCCAAUUUAGAGCAACUUGCACUUGAUAUCAAUAACCUUUCCGGAUCCAUUCCUUCCACCAUUGGAAACUUGACAAAGCUCACCAUGUUGUAUUUGAGCUUUAAUAAUCUUUCCGGGUCGAUUCCUCCCUCUAUAGGAAAUUUGAUCAAUUUGGAUGCCCUUAGCCUCCAAGCAAACAAUCUCUCUGGAGCAAUUCCUGCCACAUUUGGAAACUUGCAAAGGCUCACCAUUUUGGAAUUGUCCACCAACAAACUUAAUGAUAGUAUUCCACAAGGCUUGUAUAACAUUACCAACUGGUAUUCCUUGUUACUAGCUGAGAAUGAUUUCACAGGCCAUUUACCACCUCAAAUUUGCUCUGCUGGCUCACUGGUUUUCUUUAAUGCUUAUCACAACCGUUUCACGGGUCCAGUGCCAAGAAGCUUAAAGAAUUGCUCUAGUAUUGCUAGAAUAAGACUGGAAGGAAACCAAUUGGAAGGAGAUAUAGCACAAGACUUUGGUGUAUAUCCAAAUUUGAAAUACAUUGAUUUAAGUGACAACAGAUUUCACGGUCACAUUUCACCAAACUGGGGAAAGUGCCCUAAUCUCGAUACCUUGAUGAUGUCCAACAAUAAUAUUUCUGGUGGUAUACCAAUUGAGCUUGUUGAGGCAACUAAUCUAGGUAGGCUACACCUUUCUUCAAAUCACUUGAAUGGAAAACUACCAAAAGAGAUAAGUAAGCUAAAGUCAUUGGUUGAACUCAAGAUCAGCAACAACCAUCUUUCAGGAAACAUUCCCACUGAAGUAGGAUUGUUGCAGAAUCUUCGAGUGUUGGAUCUUGCAGCAAACGAGUUGACUGGUGCAAUACCAGAACAAGUUAUAUCAUUACCCAAAUUACUAGAAUUGAAUUUGAGCAAUAAUAAAAUAAAUGGAAGUAUUCCCCUUGAGUUUCGCCAAUUCCAGUCUCUUCAAUCUCUUGAUUUUAGUGGGAAUUCAUUGAGUGGAACAAUACCAAGAAAACUUGCAGAGGUGAAGCAAUUGCAAUGGUUGAAUCUUUCACAUAAUGAUCUUUCUGGAAGUAUUCCAUCUGGUUUUGAUGGCAUGUCAAGUUUGAUUUCGGUCAACAUAUCUUACAACCAGUUAGAAGGGCCCCUUCCAAAUAAUCAAGCCUUUCUUAAGGCUCCAAUUGGAUCAUUAAGAAAUAAUAAAGGCUUGUGUGGUAAUGUCACAGGUUUGCUUCUUUGUCCAACCACCAACCAUAGUCAAAAGAGCAACAAAGUCAUCCUAGUGGUAUUGCUUAGUUUAGGAACUCUAAUACUAGUGUUAUGUGCGGUGGCACUUUCAAUGUAUAUAUUUUAUGGUAGUAAAAGAAAGGAAAAAGGUCAUUCUAGUUUCGAAGGAGCACAUAAGGAAGUAUUCUUUUCCAUAUGGAGCUUUGAUGGGAAAAUCAUGUUUGAAAAUAUCAUUAAAGCUACAGAGAAUUUUGAUAAUAAAUAUCUCAUUGGAGCAGGAAGUCAAGGAUAUGUUUACAAAGUGGUCUUGCCUACAGGUUUGGUUGUUGCUGUGAAGAAACUUCAUUCAGUGAUUGAUGAGGAAAUGUCAGAUUUUAGUUCAAAGGCUUUUGCAAGUGAGAUUCAAGCCUUGACAGAAAUCAAGCACCGAAACAUUAUAAAGUUGCAUGGAUUUUGCUCACAUUCACAGGUCUCAUUUCUUGUUUAUGAAUUCAUGGAGGGGGGCAGCUUAGAUCAAAUGUUGGACAAUGACACACAUGCAAGUGCAUUUGAUUGGGAAAAAAGGGUUAAUGUUGUUAAAGGUGUGGCCAAUGCUAUUUCUUAUUUGCAUCAUGAUUGCUCACCUCCAAUUGUUCAUCGAGAUAUAUCAAGUAAGAAUGUUCUUCUAGAUCUUGAAUAUGAAGCUCAUGUCUCUGACUUUGGCACUGCAAAGUUUUUGAAGCCAAGUUCAGAUAGUUGGACCCAAUUUGCAGGCACCUUUGGGUAUGCUGCUCCAGAGUUGGCCCAAACAAUGGAAGUGAAUGAGAAAUGUGAUGUUUAUAGUUUUGGAGUACUUGCUUUGGAAAUCAUUAUGGGAAAACAUCCAAGAGAUCUCAUUUCUCAAUUUAUGUCACCAUCUAUGGUACCAAUUGUUAAUGAUUUGCUAUUAGCUGAUGUUAUAGAUCAACGACCUCCUCAACCUACAAAACCAAUUGAUGGGGAGGUGAUCUUAAUUACAAGGUUAGCAUUUGCAUGCUUAAGUGAAAAUCCACGUUCUCGACCAACCAUGGAUCAAGUAUCUAAGGCUCUUAUAACAGGGAAAUCACCUUUGCCUGACCAAUUUCCUAUGAUCAAACUAGGACAACUACGCUGAAUCAUUGGAGUAAUAAAAUAUUUAGUUUCCUUUUUAUUCUUGUGUAUCCCAUUCUUCUUCCUUCUUUAUGUUGUAAGCUUACCUACUUUGUUCAUUGUAUAUAUCAAGUACAAUAUUUGAAACUACUAAUUUGUUCAAGUAAAAUUGUAGAUUGACUAGUAAUGUAGUUAUAUAAAUAGAGGGAAACUUGAGUUAUCAUUCA